AACUCUCUCUAUAUAUAUAUUCAAAUAUGUCAAAGCAAUGAACGAAUAACUAGUCUAAUAUGAAGUACAACAACGCCAUCAGACCACAGAGUGACCAUUCGGUUUUUUAAACAUUACACAGACUUUUAAACAAACUUACCUCAUUUAAUACGUCAUUAUCAACAUUCGUUUGCAAACUAUAACUAAGCACCAUUGUAAUGCAGAAUUACAGGAAAGUUUUCCCGUGGAACAAUGGCGCCACCUCCUGGGCAGGUGACGUCUAACGCGCUUACGUCAUUACUAAACUCGAAAUUUGUUCAACUUUCAGUCGCCAAAUGGCACUUUCAACAGUUUCUUUAGCUGAAGGUCCGUUUUAUAAGGUAAGAAUUUCUAUAUGUCAUAAUUGUAUCUAAUUUUUAAAUAGAGUUUUUCUUAGUUCGUCUAUUUCGAAGGUAAUGCAGUGUUAUAGCUGAAAAAGCGAUUCAUGCUAGCACCGAUAAUAAUUUAGGAAGAAGACCACGUUUUUAAAUUGUAUUGCCCUUUCUAGUCCUGAGGGGGCUUUUUAGUAAGGCGUUGAGAUAAACAGCUUAUAAUUUUCGCUGUCCCCGUGUACAUUUUGCCGUCCCGGACUUUUUUAUUUUUUUACCCAAAAGGGUUUGUUUACAGGUAGGCCUACAAAGUGGAUGAAGGAACUAGCUCAAUAUGUAAAAAUUGGAAAUAAAUUGAUCGUGACGCCUGGUGGUCUGAGGGUGCAACAUUAUCAUUCAUUUUAACACAUAAAGUUGUACAAAAUUACACGUGUUUUUUCUCCUGGAAAAAAUUACGAGCCAGCCAGGAGUCGAACCUAGAAUCUUCUGAUCCGUAGUCAGACGCGUUAUCCAUUGCGCCACUGGCCCUGUAAUGGUAUCAUGAUCCAACUUCCUUAAAGAAGUCCAACACGGAAUCCGGUGGGUGUCGUGGGUACAGAUUGUUAAAAAGUGCCAAACGUCCUAAUAAUUUUAGAAUUUGUUUUUGUUCGUUUGAUUACUACCUUAAGAAUGAUGCGUUAAUUGUGCAAUUUCAUUAAUCUAACUCUUAGAUAGUGUUGCUGAUGAACGGAAAGGUUCAGCGAAGCAAGUUCUGUAAUUCCAACCGCAUUGAUUUGUUAUUAGAAGAAAUGGUGGUAGGAUGAUUGGCGGUGAGUACCAUUUCUUCGUAAAACGUCGGUAGACAAAAAAACAAAUCAAAAAGUCAUGCCCCGUGUGAGGCUCGAACUCACGACCUUCAGAUUAUGAGACUGACGCGCUGCCUACUACCUGUAAUGGUAUCAUGAUCCAACUUCCUUAAUGAAGUCCAAAACGUCCUCAGCUGAGAAUUGUUUAGCUAAACGGCCCUAAACCGUUUCCCAUUCAUUUCCAAUGGUAGUCCUAAACCACUACGGACGCAAUAUAUUUUUGACCACUAUGCCGUGGUGGCGCUGUCCAAUCUCAUGUCCGGGAGUGACACGCCCCCCUCCUUGCUUGGAUUCAGAAGAAGGCAACUUUCCGGCUUUUCGACUGAGAUUUUUAGGAGAAAUUACCGGCGUUACGCGGAGAAGGGGAAACAUAUCAAAGAAAAGCGAUAUCUUCACAUCCAUCCUUCUUCAUUUUAUUAGGUCAAAAUGAAGAAGACCAUUUUUUAUCCAGGGAGACGAAGUGUGGUUUUCCGCAAGGGGCCUCUUGGCUUCCUUCUUCAGGAUCCCUCUCCUGAGGCCAAGAAGAUAAAAAAUAAUCCCAGUCUGUGGGACAAGUCUGAGCCUAAGAGAGAGGAUGUUGUGCGGCAGAAUGCUUUGACUGUGGUCCGGGAAAGAGGAGGGGAUGUCACAGAUGUGUCAGAGGUCCUGGGAGAUUACAGCCUCCAAUUUGGAAAGUACAAAGGGAAGUGUUUCCGAUGGCUCUUGGAAAAUGAUGCAGGUUACACUUUGUACCUCAUCAGAAACCUCCAGAAGGAGGAGGAAGCUGGGAUCUGUAUAACUGAGAGCCUUAGCAAAGUCAACCUGUUAACUUUUGUUAAAUAUGCUCUCAGUUUUAAAGAGAUUAAAGAUGCCCUGGACUAUGAAGCCAGCAAAAUUACAGCAGCCUCUUCUGAAGAUGACCAGCUGGUUGGUUUUGGCUCUCGGGCCAAGAGCACUUGGAAAGAAAUUUGGGAUGGAAGAGAAGAUGGCUAUGCUGAUUUCAUACUGAAGAAGAGCUGCCUUCAUGGGACCAGGAUGCAGAAGCUGCAGCAGUACCUGCUCAAGAAACAACAGUCCUCCUCCAGUCAAACCAACACACCAUCCGGUGAACCAGAUAAAUGUCUGGUGAUGGAGGAGGACGAAGGAUUGGAGGCUGCAAUGCUAAACAUCUCACCCUCUAAAAUCUUGAGCAUGUCAGGGUCAGCGGACACAGAGAGAACCCCCGUGUCAAAAGCAUCUUCAAGAGCAAAGACAGGUUUUCCUUCAAAUCGGAGGUUUCAGAACUGGAGUGUUAUUCUCUAAUAUGAUGAAUAACCCUCCAACCCUGAGCCUUGACCAUGUUCUUGUGUUCUGGCCACGUUCCGGUCAAGUUCCUGUUACAAUAUCGCUGUUUGCGACCGUUACUCUGCAUGUCAAAGGACUAUGAAUUGAUGGAGAUGCUGGACCAACUGCAACGGUAUCCAGGCCUUCUGACGCAUCAGGUGAACCAGAAUCCUCAACAGCUGACAUCCUGGCAAUCACACAAAAAAUGCCGGUGGCCCUUCCAUCACAGCUGUCAUUUAUGGUGAAGGAAACAGCAAGUGCAAAAGAAUCAGAGGUUAAAGAUUCCAGUCCAAGUGCAGCUUCAACCUCUGCACAGAGAGUCCUUUCCUUUGCAGACAGUGCUGAAGACACUUCCUCAGCUCAGCCACCUUUUGAUGUGCCCGUGAUUCAGCAUGAUCAUGACAUGAACAGCUGGAACUGUUCUCAGCACCAGAAACUGUGGAUGAGGACAGAGCUCCAAGAUCUUGGGCUGUGGCCUGGGUCUCGUCCUGUGAGAAAUGUUGGCAAUGCAAUUUCCCUCUGGCGUCAUCCUCCGCAGCCUGAGCUCAUUGACACAGUGGCUGAGCUCCCGUCGCCCAACUUUUUUCAGCUUCACCCAUUCUUCAUUUGGAAACCUGAAAAUGAAAUAAUGUCAAGGCUGAAAAAUAAUUACAACCUCCCAUGCCUUCAUGGAUGUCCUCAACCACAAGUUGUUUCCGCUGGCGUGGGCCGACCUCGGGUGAUUGUUGGGACCAGUGGGCAAUAUUACAUCCUGUCGUCAAGACUUUGCUGUAAGUCUUGUCGGAAGACCUGGUUUGCCGACAGUCCUCGUUGGCUGGAGAAGCUGCCCAGAAGAUUCACCAACCUGCUCCCUGCAUUUCUCACUUACAAGAAGGCCAUCUGUAAGUCAAUCGUGGAUGAACUCAGACGCACCGGAAAGUCACCUGCAGAUAUGGCCAAGCAAGUGAAUGAGCUCAUGCAUCUCAAAUAUGAACGAGCUCAUUUAGCUUAUCUGCAGGCCAUUGAGAGCGUCUGGGAUGCAGAGGCAGGGGUACAGGGACAGAGGACCAUUGGGCAGUUUUUCAGAAAAAGCCACACACCCUUUCCAUUCAACUCCUAUGAGGACCCAAAUGGCUGGUGUGGUGUCUCUGUGUCUGCCUUCUACCUCACAGACUGUUUGCUAGAGGAGUACAGACGUCAAGAGCCAGCCUUGUCAAGACUCCUCCAAGGCACAUUUGGGCAGGUCUUCAGGUCCGAUCACACCAGGAAGGUGGCACGAAAGGUCACUUUAGCAUCUGGAACCAUGUCCAGCUAUGCAAUUAUGAAUGAAAACUGGUUAAUUGUCUCCUGGGUCAUGGUUCAGUCAGAGAGUGAAAAAUCCUUGGAACCAAUGUACCAGGGGAUGGCCAAGAGGUACGAUGACGCUGGAGUGGAGAAGGCAGGUUUCCACUGGGUGGACAGGGAUUGCUGUGCUUCUUUCAAGAUCGAAGAAUCCAUCCCUGGUGAGCAUUUAAACUGGGAUGCCUGGAGAACAACCCCUUCCAUCGUGUCUGCAGCUACUUCAGGACCCCUAACAAAUACCUGUGCCUCAAGGUCAUGCUACAAUUCAAACAUUGUUGUGAAGCUGGACUUGUUCCACUGUCUGCAGCGCUUUUCAAGGGAGUGCACAUCAGAACAUCACCCUCUUUUCAGCACUUUCUGUCAGCUCCUCUCUGCUGCUUUCUCUGUAGUAGAUGAGGAGGAUUUGAAGAAGCUGAAGGAGGCCUAUGUGUCCUGUGGUAUUGUGCCUCCCAAUCCAACAAAACAACACAUCCGGGAGCACUGCAGGACCAAAAUACCACCGCCCACAAAGCUGCUGGACAGAGUGGAGAGAGUCAUGAAGCAUUUUCACCUGGCCAAGGAUCCUAACGACGUCCCUCUGUUCAAGUUCUCUAUGCUGAAGACGUGGCGUAUUCAGCGAGUACAUAUUCUCAGAGGAUGCUUGAGUGACCCUGAGCUGUCUGAGGGAAUAAUGUACAGACAUGGUGGGACGCUUCAGCUCAACCAUGUGCCAGGAGAAGGAGCAAAGGUCCCCAUCUGGAUUCCUGUGCGAGGUACGUCUCAGCAGGAGGGCUACCAUUUCCAUCAGGCUCAGUGGGUAACUGGAAAUGUGGUCUCCACUGAGCUGUUCCAAGCGCAGGGCAUGACAGGAGUUGUGCGAUAGAACUACCAGAGACUGGUGGACCUGAAGCAGCCUGGAGUUGUCCUUCCUGCAAUAUUUGAUCCAGCUUUGAUAGCUGAGUUAAAUACAUCGUCAAAAAGAAUCACUGGCCAGGAAAAGUACCCUGCACUUCACAUCUCAAACAGGGACACUGGAGAAAGAUUUGGACUUGAGUACAAAGAACCAGGGUGUCGGCCAGUACCUCUUGACUGGGACAAGCACAAGUCUUUGAAAAGAGGAGAAGGACCUCAUCCAAAGCUUCCUCUGCCAUCACCCAACACUGAGGAAAUAAAACCUCCAUCUGUAACUGUUCCUCCGCCUGCUGAGGGAUCAGCCUCCCAACCGGCCUCUAGUCCUUCCUCUUGUGAAAUUUUCCAAAUUUCUCCAAAAGAGACUUCACAUCCUCUUCCUCUGAGGUCCUCACCAAGAAGUGCCCGCACUGGACCUGUAAAGACAGGUGGACGUGUCUUUGUGUUAGAC